GGAGUGGUAUUCUUCCCGGUCUUGCUUUUCUCGGCAUAUAUAUAACCUUGUCUGCCUCCUCCUCCUUCUAGCCAGCCAUGGACUCCACGGAGAAGGGCCCUCUGCUGGGGAAGCACAGUUCCUCCUCGCUGCAGAGUAGUGCCGAAUAUACAGGCGAUGGAUCUGUUUGCAUCCGUGGGAGUCCUGCUUGCAGGAAAGAUACAGGGAACUGGAAGGCUUGCUCCUUAACCAUAGUUUGUUCGUUCUGCUUGUAUCUGGCCUAUAUCUCUAUCUCGAAAAACCUAGUCAGUUAUCUCACAAAGGUCCUACAUGAAACAAACGUGGCCGCUGCAAGAGACGUUGCAACUUGGCGAGGUACCAGCUACCUCGCACCUUUACUUGGAGCCUUCUUAGCUGAUUCAUAUCUGGGCAAGUACAGGACAGGUCUCAUCUUCUGCACAGUCUUAUUUCUAGGAAUGAUGAUGUUGCUUCUAUCCGCGGCUCUUCCGUUGAUCUCCACCGGUCCUCUGGCAUGGAUUAUUCCAACAGGCCCCGUGUCUUCUCAGUACAUAUUCUUCGUCGGGUUGUACAUGGUUGCUCUAGGGUAUGGCGCACAGAAACCUUGCGUCGUGUCCUUCGGAGCCGACCAAUUUGAUGACACUGAUGAAGUCGAGAGAACCAAUAAGAGCACUUAUUUCAAUUGGUACUACUUCACCCUCAAUGCUGCUUCGCUGAUCUCAGGGACUAUUAUUGUGUGGGUGCAAGACCAUGAAGGCUGGGUCUGGGGUUUUGCCAUUUCUACAACGUUUGUGGCUUUAGGGGCAUGUACUCUUUUCUUCGGCUCAGAUGCGUAUAGAUUCCAGAAACCUGGAGGAAGCCCUCUUGCAAGAAUAUGCCAGGUUCUUGUCGCGUCUACUCGCAACCUCGGUAAAGAUUUGCCAUGCGACUCCACAGCUCUUUAUGAGUUCCUGGGUCAAGGUUCAGCAAUCCAAGGCAGCCGGAAAUUGGAGCAUACAGAUGGGCUUAACUUCUUUGAUAGAGCUGCAAUCGUGACACCAUCUGGCUGUGAAUCUCCUCGCCAACUUAGUACAUGGAAGAUCUGCACUGUCACUCAGGUGGAGGAGUUAAAGAUUCUGGUCAGGAUGUUGCCAAUCUGGUCUACGGUGAUACUAUAUUCUACAGUUCAAGAACACGUGUUUUCGACGUUUGUAGAGCAAGGCAUGGUAAUGGAGAAACAUCUCGGCUCUUUCGAAAUACCUGCUGCGUCCUUCCAGUCCGUACAAGUCAUCACUGCCCUUCUACUUAUUCCAUUCUAUGGACGAGUCCUCGUCGCGGUAUUCAGAAAAUUCACUGGGAGGACGAACGGCAUUACACCGCUGCAACGGAUGGGAGUUGGCUUGUUUUUCUCAAUGCUAUCAGUGACGUCAGCAGCAGUGGUGGAGAGCAACCGGUUGCGGAUCGCACAGGAUAAAGGAUUGGUUCACCAUCAGGUGGCCGUUCCGAUGAGCAUCCUGUGGCAGGGACCCCAGUACAUGCUGCUAGGAGCUGGCGAGGUGUUCACUCUCAUUGGGAUAAGCGAGUUCUUUUACGGUGAAUCGCCAGACUCCAUGAGAAGCCUGUGCAUGGCUUUCUGUUUUGCCAACGUCGCGGCUGGAAAUUACCUUAAUACGUUCAUCCUGUCUCUUGUGCCUGUGUUCACAGCCACAGGAGACACUCCAGGCUGGAUACCUGGUAACCUGAAUGAAGGACAUUUGGAUAGAUUCUACUUGAUGAUGGCUGGGUUGAGUUUCUUGAAUUUGUUGGCAUUUAUGUUCUGUGCUACUAGGUACACAAAUGUGAAAAGGCUUCAUAUAUAGUCCUAGUGUGAAAAGGUUAUGAUUUGGUACAACAUAUAAUCAUGCUCAGAGGUAAGCUCUGUUGGAGCAGCAAGCAGAACGCUACUGCAGUCUCAGGAAUCGCGGGGGGAGCACCCAUUUAUACAGUUGAGGAUUUGAGAUUUUCCCCAAUCAUGAACAUCUAGCAAAAUGUACUACCAUGUUAAGAUUUGAAUGUGGUAUCCAAGAUAAAGUAACUUAGUACCAGAUGCAGUCCACAUACAUCAGGAAACUGCAAAUGUAUUUGUUUCGACAGUGAUAGAAACCAAUGUCUAAAAUCAGGCAGGAUGCUUGUGAUUUAUUCUUGAAAACUAUUUCCC